AUGUUGGAGCGGAUAGGCCCCGCGGCGUACUGGCUUGCUUUGCCGCCGAACCUAUCAGGAGUGUAUAAUGUUUUUCAAGUAUCCACACUUCGGAAAUAUGUUUUUGAUCCGACCCUCCUAUUGGAAAACACCCCAGUGGAGUUGAGAGAAGAUUUGAGCUUUGAGGAGCAUCCAGUGGAAAUAUUAGCUCGAGAGGUGAAACGGCUUCAAAACCGCGAGAUACCCUACGUGAAGAUCCUUUGGAGCAACCAUGAUGAACAGGAAGCCACGUGGGAAUUGGAGAGUGCAAUGUUGGAGCACUAUCCCUAUCUUUUCUCGACGGAAUCUUGA